UAUAACACUCACAUAUAUACCAUUUCGAUGGGUUCCCUUCCAAUCUUGACUGUUAUCGAACAGUCUCAAAUAUCGCCACCACCAUCUACCGUCGAAGACGAUAAAUCGUUGCCACUGACUUUCUUCGACUUCAUGUGGCUACGUCAACCGCCGGUUCACUAUCUUUUCUUCUACGAACACUCGAUCACCGAAACUCAAUUCCUCGAGAAAAUUCUUCCCGAUCUUAAACAAUCGUUAUCAACCACUCUUCAAUACUUUUACCCGUUCGCGGGUAACUUAUUCGCGUAUUCGUCACCCGAUAAAAAACCAGAAAUUCGUUACGUUGAAGGUGAUUCUGUCACAGUUACAUCUGCAAAAUGUCACCUUGACUUCAACCAACUAACAUCAAACCAACCUCGCGAAUGUGAUAAAUUUUACCAUCUUAUACCGAUAUUAGGUGAAAGUACUAAAGCAUCCGAUUACAUUAAAAUCCCACUUUUUUCGGUCCAAGUGACAUUUUUUCCAAACCAUGGAAUCUCUAUCGGCAUGACUAAUCAUCAUGUCCUCGGUGACGCCACCACUCGGUUUUGUUUCAUGAACGCGUGGACAUCAAUCGCCCGAUCCGGUUCAACCGACUCGUUUCUAAGCAACCCGACUAAUUUACCAUUUUACGAUAAAUCUUUGGUUCAAAACCCGAAACUAGACGAAAGUUAUUUAAAAUUUGUCAAGGCAGAAACACUAAAAGAAGAUUAUCAGCCUCAAAUGUUAUCCGGCCCGAGUAAUAAUAAACUUCGUGGUACGUUCGUUUUAACUCGAAAUAUCAUGACCGAGUUAAAAAAAACCGUACUAAAAGAACUUCCAACAUUAGUAUACGUAUCGUCUUUCACGGUUGCGUGCGCGUAUAUUUGGAGUUGUCUAGCAUCGACGAAAAACGUCGACGAGCAACAAAUAUUCGGGUUCGUUAUCGAUUGUAGGGCACGUUUAGAUCCUCCGAUUCCUACAACCUAUUUUGGGAAUUGUUUAAGUGGUUGUAUGGCUAUGGAAAAUACAAAUUUGUUAAAAGGAAAACAAGGAUUUAUAAAUGGUGCUAAAUUGUUUGGGGAAAGUUUGCAUAAGGUUUUGACAAAUAAAGAUGGAAUUGUGUUGGAUUUAUCUUUGUACGAAGAUAUUUUUGCUGAUGGAAUGUUGACAACCACUAUGAUCGGUGUUGCUGGAACACCGAAGCUAAAGUUUUAUAAUAUGGAUUUCGGGUGGGGGACACCGAAGAAAGUUGAAACGGUUUCGAUUGAUUAUAAUGGGUCGAUAUCGAUGAAUGCUUGUAAAGAUUCGGAUCAAGAUCUAGAGAUCGGAGUUUGCCUUCCGGAUAUUGAGAUGGAGGCUUUUGUUCGUGUUUUUGAUGAUGGAUUAAAAACAUACAUUUAGUGAUACGUUAUUAAUUCUCGCUUUAUCUCUCGAUUAUCAAUUUCCUUUAUUUCAUUAAUAAUGCAUUUAGUUCAUUAAUAAUGCAUUUUAUUUCAUUAAUAGUGCAUUAAUAAUAAUGCUUCGGAUUCUCUGUUUGAUUAAAA